AUGAAGGCUGACAGAAGGAGAUCUCUUUUGGCGUUACCCAACGCAGCCACAGAUGCAGCUGGGAAUCCAAGCACUGUGGAGCAGCAGAGGAUGCUUGCAGUAUGGAUCACCACUAUUUUUCUUCUCAAUGCAGCCAGAGGAAGGGAAGUUUGCUACAAAAGGCUUGGAUGCUUUUCAGACAGCCCUCCAUGGUCUGGGAUCCCAGGAAGACAACUGGCAGGCUUGCCCAGCUCUCCAGAUGCUGUGAACACAAAUUUCCUUCUUUACACCAGGGAUAACAUGAUGAAAUAUCAAAAAAUUUCAGCCACAAAUCCUUCAGCCAUAAAAGCUUCGAAUUUCCGAGCACACAGGAAAACUCGUUUCAUUAUACACGGCCACCUUGCCGGAGCAGAUCUCCCCUGGAUAACAAGCAUAUGCAGGUCCAUGUUUCACUCUGAAGAUGUGAACUGCAUUUUGACAGACUGGAGGGGCGGCUCCAGUGGUCUGUACACGGACGCUGUCAACAACGUCCGCAUUGUGGGGGCUGAGUUGGAGUACCUGGUGAACUUCCUCGAGACAGAGUAUGGCUACUCUCCUGCCAACAUCCAUUUCAUCGGCCAUAGCCUUGGAGCACACGUAGCAGGGGAGGCAGGGAGGAGGAAACCUGGCAUUGGAAGAAUAACAGGUUUGGAUCCAGCUGGGCCCCUUUUCCAGUACACUCCCGCAAUGGUUAGGCUGGAUCCUUCAGAUGCAAAAUUUGUUGAUAUAAUUCAUACUCAUGCUGGUCAUCUUUUCUUUGACUUUGCUCCAGGGAUUCUUCAGACUUGUGGCCACUUGGAUUUUUACCCAAAUGGUGGGAAGAAGAUGCCAGGAUGCAACCAGCUUCGUGUACCUCCUGCAACUCGGGAUAUCAAUGACCUGAUGAGAGCAUACAGAUCUUUUGGAUGUGGACAUAAAAGAAGUCUCAGGUAUUAUGCUGAGAGCAUCAUGACUCCAAAUGGAUUUGUGGGGUAUCAGUGUGACACAUACCAAGAGUUUGUGCUGAGACACUGA